AUCGCAAAUUUUAGUGAAUCACAUGGUUAUUAUAGUUGAGUGUUGUGAUAGAGGCGACUGAUGGUCUGUGUCUCCAUUACAGGUUUAACUCUUGAGUGAUGGCGCUGUGUAGGGCUGCCAGGACACUUACUACCUCGACUAUAGAAAGACGUCUACAGCUUAGUAGCUUCCAGCAGGCUUGGAAAGAUCGUGGCAGAGAGGAGGCUGUGGUUGUAACUGAUGAUGGGAACACUAUUGUGUGUUGGCAUCCUGAACCUCAAGUGCCAUAUGAAAUGACUAAGCCAUUACCCCAGACAACUCAAGAAUCAGACUCAAUAUUGAAAGUUCAGUACAACAAGGAAAUGAAGCAUUUGUUCCAGAAGAAGCAUCCAUUUUUCAUCAACAAGGAUCUCCGGGAACUCACUUUUACUACAAAGCAUCGAUGGUUCCCAAGACCAGAGAAGCGCUUUGCCAAGAGGAAUCCUCCUCGAGACAGAGAAUAUUUAUGAUUAUGAAAUUCCAGAGGAUAUUAGAACAGUCCACUCUUCUCUUGCAAAUAAAAAAAAAGAAAGUACAAUCCAUUAAUAACUUUAAUAACAAUGCUCCUAUACUUACGAACGAGGUACAUUCCUGAGGCUUGUUUGUAAGUCCGACUUUACUCUGGACACCAAACAUAUUUUAAAACAUUUAAAGAUUAUAGAUAUUUAGUACAGCUAUAUUCGUAAAACCUGGCUCACUCUUCUCCUCUUAGGUAA